AUGGAAGAUGGGAAGGUGCUCCCAUCGAGCGGAAAGUUCUUCGCUUCUGCAACAGAUAGAACCCAGAGCUGGAACGGGAUUCAGCAGGAAAUUACCGGUAGAGCUCAACGGAAGCGUGCAUAUGAUGUCACCGCACAAGUUAGAACAUCCGGAAAUUCGGGCGGUAACGCCGAUGUGCGAGCUACGUUGUGGAUUCAGUCACCGAGUGGCCGAGAACAAUAUAUUGGCAUCGGCAAGUGAGUUUCUCUCUUCCUAGGGGGUAGUCGGUUGUCUAGGCCUGGGAACGCCGCUUUGAUCGCAAGUUUAAGUUCUCUGAAGUGGUUAUUUUUCACAGCGUUCAGGCAUCAGACAAAGACUGGUUUAGGCUCCAGGGCAAGUUCCUCAUCAAUGGCAGCCCCUCAAGGGUUGUUAUCUUCCUGGAAGGGCCACCCAGGGACGUUGACAUUCUCGUCGAUAGUGUUGUUGUGAAAGACGCGGGCAGGGUUCCUCCUCUACCUCCACCCGAUUUUGAUGUGAGUAGAAUGAUCAAUCUUUUCUUUGUGAAUCCGCACUUACCAAAUUUUUGGAUUAAUUAUUCAAUUUAAAAAUAUCAUUAAGGGGGCAUGAAUUCACAUAAUAUCUUUAGGUGGAACUUAGGAAAAUCGUUUUACAUUGUGAAAUUAAAUGCAUUAUGCGAAGAAGUUCUCAUCAGGCGAGUUAAUUCUUUGUUUAUGUAGAACGUUCUGUACGGCGUAAAUGUAAUCAAGAAUAGCAACCUGAGCGAAGACCUGAAAGAGUGGUCUCCCCUCGGUCCGUGCUCUCUGAACGUCGGAGAAGGUUCACCUCUUGUGCUACCGCCCAUGGCUAGAGAUUCUCUAGGGCCACGCGAGCCUCUGAAUGGUCGCUAUGUUCUCGCCUCCAAUCGGACUCAGAGCUGGAUGGGACCUUCUCAGACAAUCGCUGAUAGGUUAAUCCUGAACGUGACGUAUCAAAUUUCCGCAUGGGUUCGAGUAGGCUACGGAGGAAGCGGACCUCAGAACAUAAAUGUCGCACUGGGUGUGGAUAAUCGGUAUGUCAACGGCGGCCAAGUGGAUGUCAAUGAUACCAGGUGGCAUGAAAUAACGGGAUCAUUUAGAAUCGAGAAGCAGCCGUCGAGAGUCAUAGUCUACGUUCAAGGCCCCGCACCAGGGAUUGACUUAAUGGUCGCUGGGCUACAGAUAUUCCCCGUUGACCGAAGGGCGAGAUUUAAGCAUCUAAAGAAGCAAACAGACAAGGUCCGGAAGCGAGACGUCGUAUUGAAAUUCAACGGGUCCGAUGCCGUUGACCUAAGAGGAACAUUCGUGAGGGUCAAGCAGAUCAAGAACAGCUUCCCUUUAGGGUCGUGCAUAAACAGAUCAGACAUAGACAACGAAGAAGUCGUAGAUUUCUUUUUGAGAAACUUCAACUGGGCAGUCUUCGGGAACGAACUUAAGUGGUACUGGACAGAGGCUCAAAAGGGAAGCUUUAACUAUGCCGACGCAGACGAACUCUUGGAUCUCUGCGAUAAACAUGGAUUACAGAUUAGGGGCCACUGCAUCUUCUGGGAGGUGGUGGGGGCAGUCCAGUCAUGGGUUCAGUCACUGAGCAAAGAAGAACUUAUGAAGGCUGUUCAGAAUCGCCUCACAGGCCUCAUUACAAGAUACAAGGGUAAAUUCAGACAUUAUGACGUGAACAAUGAAAUGCUCCACGGUUCAUUCUACCAAGAUAGAUUGGGAGCAGAUAUCAGAUCAUAUAUGUUUAAGACAGCCCAUGAGCUAGAUCCUUCAGCGGCCCUAUUUGCUAACGACUACCAUGUAGAAGACGGCACUGAUACGAGAGCUUCUCCUGAAAUGUACGUCCAGCAUAUACUUGGUCUGCAGGCCCAAGGUGCACCAGUAGGAGGGAUUGGGGUGCAAGGGCAUAUCGAUUAUCCUAUUGGGAUCAUCAUCUCUUCUGCUCUGGAUAAGCUAGGAACGCUCGGGCUUCCCAUCUGGUUCACUGAGGUAGAUGUCUCAGCGGUGAACGAGCACGUUAGGGCUGAAGAUCUUGAGGUCAUGCUUCGUGAAGCCUAUUCCCACCCUGCAGUGGAGGGCAUCAUGCUCUGGGGAUUCUGGGAACUCCUCAUGAGCCGAGCUAAUGCAUACUUGGUUGAUGCUGAAGGUAAUAUAAAUGAAGCUGGGAAGAGGUUUCUUGCCCUUAAGAAAGAGUGGUUAUCUCAUUCGAAUGGCCAUGUAGAUGACCAAGGGGAGUAUAAAUUCAGAGGGUUCCAUGGGACUUACUCUAUUGAUGUCAUUUCCUCAUCGAAGAUAUUUUCUCGGACAUUCGUUGUUGAGAAGGGUGACUCGCCAUUAGAGGUGACCAUGGAUUUCUAA